AUGAUGGAGUUUGGUGACAUAUUCGGAGAGCCGGAUUCGAAUCAUUCAUUUCAAUGGACAUGGCGUUUGGCACAUCGCAUCUUCACGAGCACCUCUUCAUUCAUCUACAAACUUCUGACGGUUAUCCUCGUCAUUCCAGUUGCGAUUGUUUUCGGCAUACUAUUCGCCAUCUUUUCGGCUAUUUCAAUCUUCAUCUGCACACCUCUUGGCCUACUCAUUGGGAUGCCAGCAAAUGCGAUCGCUAAGGUUAAUCUUUAUGCAUUCGUCGAUUUUUCGUUGAUCAUUUCGUCGAUCGCUUUGUUUGUCAUUUUGCGAUCGCUGUUCGUUUUUGACUGA